UUUCAUUUGGAUGUUACUGUUCUGUCAUUGCAGUAAGUUACUUGAUCGAUAGAUGAAUUCCAAACCUUUAUGAUCUGAUAUUCAUCUAAUCUAUCUGUGACUUUUUAGCCUGUAGUUCAAAAUAUGAAGGUGGAUAAUCAUCCAGGUGGAGGGCACUGGUUUGCUGCUGGUUUAUCACCUAAUGUUCCAGGCAAAAGCAGAGCUUCCCUCUACAGCAGUUCACAUUUUCAGAUGGUGCAAUAUCCAUCUGCUAAUAGUUAUGGCAGUAUAGGAAGCCAUGGGAGCUAUAAUGAUAGUGUUGGGCUUGGAAGCAGCUAUGGAAGUUAUGGAGAGAGUAGUAACAUGUUUGCUUACUAUUCACCUAUUGGUCCAUCUGGUAUGAACAUGCACAAUCAGGGAAGUAUGUCAGUUCUUGGAAAUAGUCCUGAUGCUCGGAGGAGAGUUAGGUACCAACCUGGGAAUGGGUUGGGUAUAAGUCCAUCAGCUGGAAAUUUUACCUCCCUGCCCCUUGGUGCCAGCCCAUCUCAAUUUACUCCACCAAGUUCCUAUAGUCAGGUUCCAGUUGGUUCUCCAGGACACUAUGGACCUACGUCUCCUGCAAGAGGAACCUCUCAUGGAUCACCUUUAGGGAAGACAGCUGCAGCUAGCCAUUUUAAUAGAAGGAAAAAUUGGGGACAUUCUGGAAGUCCUCAAACUCAUGAAACAUUUUCUUCACACUGGCAAGGUCAAUGUCCUGAUAGUUCAAGCCAUGCUGAGGGAACAUCACAAGCUCUUGGCAGUUCACCAUCAUACCUACAGUCAAAUAUUAACCCUGGAAACUGGAAGCAGCGAGGAAGUGGAGGGAUUUCUUCUAAUCAGAACAUGACAUCCUCAAAUAUGCCUAGUUCUAAUAUAAACUUGCAAUCGACAGAAGCAGUUCAUGACAAUGCAGACACAGGCUUUUCAUUGCCUGAUCCUGGAGAUUGGGAUCCUAAUUAUAGUGAUGAACUUCUUCUGCAAGAGGAUGGUUCAGAUGAAAGCUGCUUGACAACUGAGUUUGGCAGAAGUAUGAAUCUUGGUUCCACCGAACCAUGGGCUGGAUUUGGAAGGUUCAACCAGAUCCCCAACUCAAGCUCUCCAAUAAUCAUGCAGAGAGUAAAUGGACCAGGUCAAUCAUUUUCUAAUGUAGAGAUGGGUAGCCCUCCAGCACAUGAUCUUCAAGCAGCAUAUAUACCCUCUAUGUCAAUGCCUUUUCAUCUCAUGCCUCAUGUUUUACAAAAUUCUCCAAGCCGUUUUGGACACCAAUCUGUUCAAAGAUUCACACAUGGUAGACCCCCCCAAGCAGGUGGUGAUUGGAAUCAAAUUAAGGUUCAGGCUCCUCCUUCUGGUUUCAGCAGUGUGGGCCCCCGUUCUCCCAGGAAUAACUUAUUCACCAACAGUAUGCCAUGGGGGCGAAGAAUGAAUCCUCCUGUCUCAAGCAUACCGCCAGCAUCCCGCGCAAGAAAAGAUUAUGGAAGGAUAGACUAAUUGAAUUAUUGAGGAAGAGAUCCAUGGAGUUGAAUACGCUUUGUGGUGCCCUCUAAUGAUAUCCUCCACAUUUGAACACUGUUAUAUUUUAUGUAUUUAGUAUGCUACUCGUUGGGUAUGAAGUUACCUAGUGGGUGCGUGCGUGAUAGGAUCUCAAUACUUAGGCAACAAG